AUUAUAGGUAAACCUAAAAGCAUGUAGCCUGAUGUUCCACUUUUGCACACAUGACGACACAAUCUUCUAUAUAUAUAGCAUUUCUUUAGUUGAAUUAAACUCAAUCCCAUUGCAUGUAUAUGCAGCAACUAUUGAGAUAGUUAAUUUCAACGAAAAAAGACGUUCAGUUUUGGCAAAUAUGGGGAGUAGAUCCGUUUUGAAUAUUUUUGUGAUGUUGGUGUUUGUUGGAUGGCUUUUCAUGUGGGUAAUGUUACCUACAAAGACUUACAAAUAUUCAUGGACCCCCCAACUUAAAAACAAGCUCAACUCUGCAUAUUUCAGGGAACAAGGGACAAAUCUUCUUUUAUUUACAUUUCCCAUAAUGUUAAUAGCUGCUCUGAGCUGUGUCUAUCUUCAUCUUUACAGCAAGUCAACUUCUGAUCACAGCAGUACUAAUGGCAAUAAUAAGGGGCAGCGGCAAUAUUUUGGUUCGUUGAAACGGACAGUGGUAGUGAUGGAACCUCUGGGAAUUGUGAACGCCGUUGAACUUACUUUUGCUGCUAUGUUUACCCUACUCCUUAUUUGGUCUUUAGUCAACUACAUCUAUGUCAGCUAUAGUAAUCUCCAUAUGCACAAUCCUGCUGUAAAAGUGUGGAUGACAAAGUUUCGAAGUGUAUCUUUGAGGCUUGGCUACCUUGGGAAUAUUUGCUAUGCGUUUUUGUUUUUCCCAGUGACCCGAUUAUCGUCAAUAUUGCCGCUGGUGGGGUUAACUUCAGAAUCAAGCAUCAAAUAUCAUAUCUGGCUCGGCCAUCUCUCUAUGGCCCUUGCUCUUCUCCAUAGUGUUGGAUUCAUCAUAUUUUAUGCCAUGUCUAAUCAAAUGAUAGAGAUGAUAGAAUGGAGCAGUACGUACGUAUCCAACGUAGCCGGAGAAAUUGCUAUUUUUGUUGCAAUAGCAAUGUGGGUUACAAGUUUGUACAAAAUAAGGAGAAAGAUGUUCGAUCUUUUCUUCUACACACAUCAGCUCUAUACUCUCUACAUCUUCUUCUACCUAUUGCAUGUUGGAGUUGCCUACAUAUGCAUGAUCCUCCCUGGAAUCUUUCUCUUCCUCAUCGAUCGUUACUUGAGAUUCUUACAAUCUAAAAGAAGGGCUAGAUUAAUUUCUUCACGACUUUUACCUUGUAGCACUUUCGAGCUCACCCUUUCCAAGAAUCCAGCAUUGUCGUACAACCCUACAAGCAUCUUGUUUGUGAAUGUGCCAAGCGUCUCCAAGUUGCAAUGGCAUCCAUUUACAGUAGUUUCAAGCAGUAAUUUGGAGUCAGAUAAGCUGAGUAUUGUAAUUAAAAGUGUGGGAAGUUGGAGCCAAAAGUUAGAAAAACAAAUUUCUUCUUCUCCAGAUCGUCUUGAAAUCUCAACAGAGGGACCUUAUGGACCUGGUUCAUCUCCUUUCUUAAGUCGAGAGUGCUUGGUGAUGGUCAGUGGAGGAAGUGGAAUUGCUCCCAUGAUUUCCAUAUUCCGAGAGCUUAUUUAUAGAAGCACAUUUCAACCAAAAACCAAAGUACCAAAGGUCAUACUAAUCACAGCCUUCAAGAACACAUCCGAUCUCACAAUGCUUGAUCUCUUGCUCCCUUUCUCCACAACUCCUUUUGAUAUCUCCAAUUUAGAUUUCCAAAUCGAAGCCUAUAUUACUAGAGAAAACGACCCACAAGAGCAUGAUAAUAACCUCGAAGCUUCCCAAAACAAGCGACUCAUUCAAACAAUAGUGUUCAAACAAAAUCCAAAAGACUCCCCAAUUUCUGCAGCCCUCGGCAAAAGCAGCUGGCUCUGGCUCGGCGUGAUAAUUUCAUCGUCAUUUUUCAUGUUUCUCCUUUUGUUAGGCCUCGUCACGCGUUACUCAAUAUAUCCGGUUGAGCGCGAAGGAAAAAUGUAUCAUUACAGCGCCAAAAUUAUUUGGGACAUGUUCUUGGUUUGUGCGUCGAUAUUUAUUGCCACCAGCAUUAUUUUUAUGUGGCAGAAAAGGGAGAAUGAAAUUGAAGGAAAACAAAUUCAGAAUGUGGAAAUGCCUACCAAUCCUACAAAUUCACCUGCUGCUAAUUUAUGUGGUACGGAAAGGGAACUGGAAAGCCUUCCUCACCAGUCAAUUGUGCAAGCUACUAGAGUGCAUUAUGGUGCUAGGCCUAAUCUAAAAAGAAUACUUUUUGAUUGCAAAGCAUCAGACGUUGGAGUUGUAGUUUGCGGACCGAAGAGCAUGAGACAUGAGGUUGCCAAAAUAUGUGCUUCUGGCCUUGCACAAAACCUCCAUUUUGAGUCUAUCAGCUUUAAUUGGUGAUGCUCCACUUGCUUCCACCACAAAACACGAGGACAUGCAUGUGUGUAUGAUCUUUUACUACAGUUUUAUUUGGUUGUGUGCAGGUUUCUGAAAUAUGGUUUAAUAAGCAGUGUUGUACCAUAAUCUGGUCAAAAGUUGUAUAUAAUGAACAUGUUUGCUUGAAAGGUCAUCUUGUAAAUGAAUUUGCAUGUAAUUAUUAAUAAGUGUAAUUACUAAUUACACAUUUGACAUAUUUCUUUGAUGAAAUAAUUAUUUGAUCAGCAUGAAUAUA